ACUCAAAAAACAUGCGGGUCGAAAGUAAUACUCUUCAAUGCGAACGGCUUAGAAUUUAGAGAGAUUUUUUUUACACUAUUUGCAUUUUUGAAGCUUAUGAUUGUACGUACCCGCUGAUCUGUCGAACGUGUUCAUUAUAAGAACGCAGCAUGCACGAAGUAAUCAAAGCAUGAAUACGUCUCGAAAAAAAAAUCAGUUUAGAAAAAGAAUUCGAGCGUGUAUCGGUUUGGGACAGGCCCCUCCUCUUCGCUGUUGUAGAAGACCAGGCCCUAUACAGGUCUAGCCUUGGUUAUAGUACUGAAAUCUAUUCAAAAGUAAAUGUAUUCUUCCUUUUCUGAAACUGCUGGAAUUCUUUGGCUAAAAAGGGCUUCGGAAAGAGCGAAACAUGGUUAUCAGAAGCAGGAAUUGAACAAUUUGAUCUCGAAAUAAGCCUAUAUACAUAUGGAGUGUGAUGUGACUUUCUUUUUUCUGAUAGCUGCCUGAGGAGUAAACGCUGAUUAUGGUGCUUUAGCUCUUGUGAUUUCAAUCGCGUCGUGAACGUAUAAUUGGAUUAUAAUAAUAAUUUGUAUUUAAGCCACAAAAAUGGAAAACUUGCGGGUUACAACACCGAUGGCUGAAUCAAAAGGAGAAGAUGGAUUGAAUACCAAAAGAACGUUAAAUCUUAGUAACAUAUUUGAUCCUCGUCCUCAACAUCCUGAUGGAACCCCGGGGAUAUCAGAACCAGUAGUUUCGAUGAAUUUAUUGAUAGGAGCUUGUCUUGCCAUCGGUGGAAAUCUUUUAAUUAGCGUCUCCAUGAAUGUUCAGAAAUAUUCUUUGACGAAGAUUCAACAGCGCCGGGAAGCCAGAGGAGAGGAAGUGUCAGAUAACUACGACUACUUGAAGAGUUGGCUCUGGUGGUCAGGGAUAUUACUCAUGAUAACUGGUGAAGGGGGUAACUUCUUAGCCUAUGGGUUCGGACCUGCCUCGGUGGUAGCACCCCUUGGUACUACCACUGUAGUUGCUAAUGCAUACAUCUCAAGAUGUCUUGGAGAGAGACUACGAUUUCAAGAUAUUUUAGGCACGGUCAUUAUUGUCGUCGGUGCGUGUAUGAUUAUAAUAUUCUCAACUCAGAACGAAGAGGAAAUGACAUCACAUUUGAUAAUUUUUAGACUAACAUCGUGGCCAUUCCUCGUGUUCUUUGGAGUGGAGGUAGCAUUGUUUCUUCUUUUACUCUACUUAAAGCUUGUCAAAAAAUAUCAACACCUUCUUUUACUGCUCAUGCCAGCUGCAAUAUUGAGUUCACUGACAGUGCUUGGUGCCAAAGCAUGUUCCAGUCUAAUCAGGCUGGCGGUAAGAGGUGACAUGUCACAAGUCAAAACUCCUAUAUUUUUCAUCAUGAUCGUCGUGGUUUUCGUUACAGGGAUGUUUCAAAUAAGAUACGUCACGAGGGCAAUGCAAGAACAUGAUGCUUCUGUUGUUGUUCCUGUUUAUUUUGUAUUCUUUACACUCGGUGCAAUAUUAGUCGGUGUGUUUUUCUAUGGCGAAUUCCAUGGCCUAACAAUUAUCAGGAUAUUCAUGUUUGUAUUUGGGUGUAUUUGUUCAUUUAUAGGUGUAUAUAUGAUAACACAUGGCAGACACGCCAAUCACAAUAGUGAUGAUGAUAAAAAAGAAGAUGAUGUAGUUACGGAAGCAAGGGAUGAAGAUGAUGAUUCUCCCUUACUGCCUCCUCCAACGAGUCUUCAUCUUGUCCAGCCCCCUCGGGAAGACCUUGAAGAUUCUACUAUUAGUAUGUCAUCAUCAGACAGCGGUGAACGAAGAUAUAUUGAAAUGGAUGAUAUGUCUUCAACUUUGAGAGAUAGCCCGAAAUGGCCGAAUGGCCCAACAACCGAGAGAUGAAUGUCAGACCAGGGCAUAUCCCUGGUCAGACGAUACAAGUAUGAUAUAGGUUGGGAUGAGUUUAAUUAACCGUGAUCGAGUCAACGUUCAAUGCAUUAAUCUGUACACUCAGUGGUUCAAGGUCGCACGAGGCAAAAGACAUUCAUUCUAUAGCUAACCGAAUCUCAUUUUUUUAAUUUGAUAUAGCUGAUUGACAAAAGAGUAUGAAUCUGAUUGGCCAUCUUACACUGAUUCUAGGGAGGGCAACUGCUGAACUUUCUUUGCUUGAAUGGGGAAGAAAAGUCACAUAACUUUUGGAACUGUAGCGGAAGUAGCUACGUACUGUAGCGGAAGAUAUGGGGCUACUUAUUUUACUGUUUCGGGUGAUGAAUUUGAUCCUGUCAGGAGAUGUCUUCAUAAAUUCCGAUUAAUCUUUUAAAUGAAUCGGUCAUGUGACCCUUUUUUGUCAGAUAUGGAAUGUCAGAUAUAUAUCCUAUCCACUGAUAGUAAACAUUCGUGACCCUCUUAUUUCAUCCUUAUUUCAUGUAUUUUAUGAAUUUUUGAAAGUGCCAUCGAACACACGAGUCUAUGGGAAAGGUUUUACGCUCGUGAAACCAUAUGGCAUGUAUAAGGAACGCCAUACUAUACAAAGACAAAUAACUGAUACUGGCUUGGAUAGUGAGAUCGCUCAUGUCCAGCUUGGUCAGGAGGGUGUCCUGGGAUGAUGAGUGGACGUUCUAAUCACUUUUUUGUAACGCUGAACGAGAUGGGUAUACAACUGAUGCGAGCGCGUAGCGCGAGCUGAAAUUGUUUCAGCACUUUCUUGUAAUUAUGACCAUGCAUGUUGCAUGGGCAUCUUGCUAAAACAAAAUAUGAAACUCGUAUCGCGAGAGAAAUACUUUGUGCAUAUUGACUUGAACACUGGAGCUAUCCCAUUGGACAGAUAAUUUAUUUUCUCAAUUAAGAAAGUAGUUCUUAUAAGGUAAUUGUAGGGUAAAGCAUAUACUUUGUUGGAAAACGCAUUCUGUUAUAAGAGUCAAAGUACGAUUAAUCAAGGCAACUCGGGAAAUGUUCUUUUUAAGAAAAAAAAGAUGUUUUCAUGUUUUCUGUAUUUCAUGUAUAUACUUUGUCUUUUUAUGUUUUUAUAGUUAGGCAGUUUAAUUGGGUAUUAACUUGUGGGAUUAUGGGUGCGUCUUACAAACACUGCUAAAACCAAAAAAGUGACUCUGUAUAAUCCUCUUUCCUAAAGAAAUUCAGGAAUGAGUUUGAGUUGAUUUAUAGAUAUAUCUGAAUCACCCAUCGUGUUUAAGAGAUCUCUAAAAUACUCACCGGGGGGAUAAAGAUAUCAUUGCACCGUGAAUUCAUGUAAAGAAUUCGAACGAUAUUCUUUUUUUUUUUUUCUUUUUUUUUUACAAAAUGCGAAGGCCAUUGCCCUUUUUUUAUAUAUUUUUUAAUGUGAAACGUAUAUAUCGAAAAUUGUGUCAUUUUGAAAACGAUAUUCUGCUGCUUUAAUGGUGCUUUAACAUAACCCAGAAAGUGGAUCCAUGCAUAUAAGUGCGUCUGCCCUGUGUCGUUUUAUUCAAAUUAUAUUUAAAAUGUUAAAAUAUAGCACAUCACCGUUCUUGCAUGUGAAUCUACCAAAGAUGUUUAAGAGGGGCAUAAUAUCUUCCAUCGCUCGGAGAGAUCUCUUUCUAGAAUGGACAGGCCUGGGAGAAAAUAUUUGCCUGUUUUCUUUGAUAAAAUCAAAAUCAGUGGGAUACGGGCAACUAAAGCGUUAUCAUAGUUGAUACAGUUAUAUAUUAAUAUUGCGCUGUCGCUUCUUAACCAAUGUAAAUCUCGAAAAAAGGUUGUAGAUUAUUUUUAUUUGCUGCUCUAUAUAGCCUGUCCAUUCACAUCACGAGCACGCGGAUCGAAUUUAUUUGUUUCGAUGUAUUUUAAAUGUGUGGUAUAAUGUGCUUGGAUUUAUAUUUGAUUGUUACUUAUGUGUGAAUAAAAUAUUAUUCAUGACACCAAAA